GUUGAACGUUGAAUGUACGAGAAGUUUAAUUGGACAGGGUUGACCGUGACUCGUGAGGCAUUCGUUGACCUUGUUCACUGUUCCAUGGCCGCUGCGUUGCCUCGAUGAUGUAUAUAAUAUAUAAAUGCUUGUAAAUUUCUGUCACAUGAGUCGGAACCUUCGACAUUGACCGUUGCUUAUAGUACACAUACGACCAGCAUGUCAUCACAUCACCUAUUUCCUCUACAAACACCAGAUUAUCUACUUUCCUUCCAAUUUUCAUCAUGGUAUCCCACAUUUUCCUCCAUCAGCAUCAAAAGUACCAUCAUCCGUCCCUUGGAUCAAACAUUCAAGGAAUAUCUCGACUCAGACGGCAUUUUCGUACCAGAAGGCUCGGAAAACGUGUCGGUCGGCUACGUUCACCAUCUAUUUCACUCGCACUCACUUCCCACCCUUAGUCCGGCAGAAAGUUCUCCUUCACACCAAGAGGAUGAGGACGACGCUGCAGUUGGACGAACUUUCUCCUUCCCCGAUCUAGAUGAGGGGAUAAGACAGAUCAUCAAGGAAUACGGCGCCACCUUCCCCAAGCUCAAUUUUUCUUCACCAAAGGACGCAUCAUGGGUACUACCACCAUCCUCGCCUCUCAAAUGCACAUCUCCAUCAGACGUCUACAUCUUGCUGAAAUCCUCAGAUUUCACAUCGCACGAUCUCAGUAUCGACACCGUCUUCGAGGGAUGCGAAUGCGAUCCCUCGAAUCCACCAUCGUAUCAACUCGAGCUUGUCUUGCGAAAAUGGUAUCCGAUAGAUAAGAGCCGCGAGUUCAGGUGUUUCGUCCGUGAAGGCCGUCUCAUAGGGAUAUCACAACGCGAUACGAAUUUUUACGAGUUCAUGAACGAGCCCCAAAUACAAAACAAGAUCGUAGAGACGCUCGGGCGUUUUUGGAAUGAGAAGAUCAAGACCGAAUGGCAUGGACAAGACAACAAGAUUUAUGCACCGGAUGUUCGGAACAAUGUCCAGUACCUAGUCGGCCAAGAUCCUUUUUGA